AUGCUUCGGAAUAGCGAUGCUCAGACUGAGAACACAACCUUGAUUGACUCAACCGAUUCAGCAGACCCAGCAGACCAGACAGACUCAGCUAGACUAGUCCAUCGGACAACAUCAAACCAAUCGAAUUCCGAUCUGCCACGUUUCAGUACUGAUGAAGAGAGACUUAAGGCGCUCUUGAUUUUGGGUUAUCCAAAUUCACACCAACUUGACGUUACAAACAUACUAUCUCGUACCAAGGCUUUUGUGUCGAAUGAAGCGUCCGACAGCUUCCUUGAUCCGAUAGUAGAAGAUUUCGAUGAAGCCAUUGACAAAGAUAUUGGGCGCUCGUUUAAAGGAGUCGCUGGUAUGCAUUGGAAUUAUUGGAAGCAAAUAUACAGAACACAAGUAAGGUCACCUAUCGGUUAUGCAAUUGGUACACGAGAUGGACAUACUCCCGAUUUCAUACCACCAUGGGAGCUAUACAAGUCUUCCGAGGAUGGUUUGUAUUAUCACAAAGACGAUGCUCUUGAAGAGAUACCGAUUCCUUAUGACGGCCGUCAGUCACAAUACUACCAUGUCCCUUACUCUCAAAGCCCCCCAGUCCCAGCAGUUAAUUCGAGGCGUGCUGUCAUAGCACCACCAUUGGGAUUGCAAGGGAGAAUUGAAUGGUAUGAAAUUCAAGAUUCCCUCGGGGACCUAUUCUCCGCCCCUCCCGAUGCACGUAUUGCAUUGGCCUUCGAGAAAAAUGAACUCCGGAUGAGAUAUCGGGGAAUAAGUCUCGAUGCUUAUUUGAAAGCCGUCAGAAUUCUUCUUCAAAGCCUUGAAAAGUCAGGUUCUUUCUUUAUACAAGACUAUAAUGGCGUUGGGGCAGUUGCGAAAUACUCCCAUGAGUCCAAACUUGAAAAAACCAACUUCGAUACCAGCCGGAUAUUCUGGCGAGCAUCCACUGCGGCAUUGGAAAAAGAAAAGAAUGGCUUUAUUGUACCUCCAACAGUUGUUUCUGCUGAUGAGUUAGUUGAGGCGAAAUGGCUACCCGUUGGGGAGGAGGUCAAAGGUCCAGUCUGGGAGUCCAACAGAGGUCCAAAGGAUCUUUCUCGGCGAGAAUGGUGCCGUUUUAUCUGUAUACAGGGUCUUUCCAAUGCCGCACCGGCAGAUGGUGAAGCCCCGGAUUGGACCUUGCUCAUCUAUCAUAACAAGAAACGACCACGGGUGCCCGAAAGUCGAGAACCACUCAUUUCCAGGAUGUUUAACGACCACCUAUUUUGUCGGCAACCAAAGGAAUCUGGAAAUCCAUUCGAAUCUUCCUGGAGAGCUUUUCACAUCACUUGGAAUCGUUUACUGAGAACCUCACAUGAGUUCAAAUCUACCUGGAAGAAGGGCCCGCUCUAUAGCAACAAGAAGUAUUGUAUUCAGCAACAGGCAUUUACUGUGGCGUACUUCCCGACCUUUACACGAGUUGAUAUGGAUGACCCAAGGUCGUACAAAUCGGAUGAUUCAAUAAAUUAUGCGAGGACAAGCUUUUGGACUAUCCUGCUGCUGGCACCUGAGUCAAAGGAUGAAUGGGAUGAGAUCACAUACGGUGCCGGCUCGAUAUUCCGGGUGAUUGUACGAGGUUUAAAAAUGACCGCCGAUGACUGGGAUGAGCUAAGAGCUGAGCUCGGCAAGACAAUUGAUUUUGAAAGCCCUAUUUGGGAUCCCGAAUUACAUGACGGCCUUUUAUCCGAUGACGAAGCGUUUUCGAGAUCACGGCUGUACUUUUGGGUCGUUGAUGCUCUCGGAAUGUUUCAUAGACAGAUAGAAGACACAAUGACGGAAUGGUCCCGCUUCCGAACUGCCCGAGCAGACAUGUUGGGAGUUGUUGACAAGCAAGUAAAAUCACUUGUUCAAGAGGCAGAAGACCAGAUUAUGCGACUAAGAGAACUAUCGUCUUACUUUCAAGGAGGUUGCAAAAGAGCGGAAACCUUGAGGAGCGCGGUGAGUACUUUCAGCAACAUGGUGCAAUCAUUAUAA